UUAACUUUUUUCUGUGGGGGUUCACACUUUAAUCGUAAAAUGACAGUUCAGGGUAGUUGGCAAUAGAAUAUGUUGAAUGGCAUUACCAAAGAUUGUGUGGUACUGUAGGUUUAGUAAUGGUUUGUGGCCUUAUUGUUUUUAGUGGCCUACCCUUUGGGACGUAUACUACUGAGCAUGCUAAAAGGAAGUAUCGCGCACAACCAAUUGAAUUUGUCUAUUUCUCGACGCAGCCUUCUUCUCUACUAACGUUGUGAAAAACCUUCCUCCACACUUAUCAAAUAGGCUAGUUUGAGUCGAAUUUAUCCAGACUUUUUAUUUGAUUACACAUCGAUCUGUAAUCACAAACCAGUAAAUCAUUCAUAGUAAGAAACGCCGUAUAUUGUUUCAUUUAAAUGUGGAUUAUAUAAAUAGGGCUCUUCACGAAGGAGGACGAGGGAUCGAGGGACGCCGCCAUAUUUGCUCUUGCUAGCUAGUGCACUACAAGAUACGGGCUUUGUUUCGAGUACCCUUCAAUUUAGUACCCUUGUAUUUGUUCAUGAUGGAUGCGAUGGAUAAAAGACCUUUUGGUGCAGAAUAUAACUAUAAAAUGUCGGAAAAUGACAUAUCCAGAUUAAUAAAAUUGCGUGCAACGAAUGACGCCAUCUUCACUGGGAAGAGAAACUCUGCCAUGCCUGCCUGGAGAGCAAUGUUAGUAGAGUUGGGUCUCGAAGGGAAGCUUACAACCGGGCAAUUGAAAAAGAAGUGGGAAAACCUUAAAAAGAAAUAUAAGGAUUUUAAGUACCCUCCUCUUGGCAUGGAGAAAGUCAAUCCAAUGUCCUGGCGUUGGUUUCACCUCAUGGACGAUGCCAUCGAGGGCCGCCUAGCUGGGUCUGCCCGUAUCCUAAACCCUUCACUGUUUGAUUUUGGGGAAGUUGGGGACGUUUCAUUUGCGUCCUCUCCCACUACCUCUCCCAUAGCCAACAAGAGACUAUGUAUGAGGCCGGAGGGAGGUGAGGGAACAAACAUUUUUGAGUUCUGGGCCAAGGCACAGCUGGGGGAUAGUGUUGGUGCUGCGAGCACGGUAGCAGAUGGACAGGUGGCAUACACAGACGCAGCUACGGAGGAGAUCCGGAGGGCAGCAGUGGAGUGCGAGAGGGCCCUGCGAGAGGAGGGCAGGGGUGCAGCUCAGAAUGAGAGGGCCGCGCCUGACAAGAUGCCAGUGGGUGGGUACGGGAGGACCAUGGCUGAGGAUGUGGAGACUAUAGCUGAAGACGGAAGAGCCAUGUUGGUGAGAAACCCUGGCAGGAACAUUGAGAGGGAGACUGCUGAACUAGAGAGGCAGAUAGCAGAUUUGGAGAAGGAGCGAGAAGUGUUAGAGAGGGAGCAGGCAGACUUUGACAGGGAGAGGUUGAUACUGGACAGAGAGCGGGAUGUGGUGAGCAGAGAGCGGGUGGCUGUUGAGCGAGGCAGAGCUUCACUAGACAAGGACAGAGCAGCGAUGGACAGGGAGCGAGCAGCAAUGGAACGGGAGCGAGCCAUACUGGACAGGGAUAGGGCGUCAAUCGAGAGAGAGAGGGCAGAGCUGCAGAAAGAAAAGGAAGCCCUAAUGAAAAGCAAAGUUUCCAGGAACAACGGCUCCACUGAUGUGGAACUGGACUCAUCCACUAUAGAAAAAAGAGAGAAACUGCUUUCCAUAUUUGAGAGACUUGUUGAUAAGCUGUGAAAGAUGAACAAUAAGUAAAGGUUGAAUAGGUGAAGGAUGUACUGUAGGUGAGAGUGCGCACAAGUCAUAAACAGGUUUCUAUGUCACCAUUCCCUAUCAUUUUGUGAUCAUUUUAGUUUAACCCGCACACACAGGGAGUGCAAAGUCAUUCAAUUGGUGCUGGCUGUAAUGAGCAUUGAGUGUGUUUGUGUGAGGUUGCACCCUGAAAGAGAAGCUGCUACAAUGUUUGUUGCGCUCAUUUAUUUUUUUUGCCUGCAGUGUGUAUGUAUAAAUAUCAGUCAAGUUUGGACACACCUACUCAUUCAAGGGUUUUUCUUAAUUUUUUAUUUUCUACAUUGUAGAAUAUAGUGAAGACAUCAACACUGACAUAACACAUGGAAUCAUGUAGUAACCAAAUAAGUGCUAAACAAAUCAAAAUAUAUUUUUGAUUCUUCAAAGUAGUCACCCUUUGCCUUGAUGACAGCUUUGCACACGCUUGGCAUUCUCUCAACCAGCUUCACCUGGAAUGCUUUUCCAAUAGUCUUGAAGGAGUUCCCACAUAUGCUGCACACUUGCUGGCUGCUUUUCCUUCACUCUGUGGUCCAACACAUCCCAAACCAUCUCAACUGGGUUUGAUGUCGGGUGAUUGUGGAGGCCAGAUCAUCUGAUGGAGAACUCCGUCACUCUUCUUCUUGGUCAAAUAGUCCUUACUCAGCCUGGAGGUGUGUUAUGGUUCAUUGUCCUGUUGGAAAACAAAUUAUAGUCCCACUAAGCGCAAACUAGAUGGGAUGGCGUAUCGCUGCAGAAUGCUAUGGUAGCCAUGCUGGUCAGGUAUGCCUUGAAUUCUAAAGAAAUCACUGGCAGUGUCACCAGCAAAGCACCAUCACACCACCUCCAUGCUUCACAGUGGGAACCACACAGCGGCGAUCAUCCAUUCACCUACUCUGAGUCUCACAAAGACAGUGGUUGGAACCGAAAAUCUCAAAUUUGGUCAGACCAAUUUACACAUUUCCACCGGUCUAAUGUCCAUUGCUCGUGUUUCUUGGCCCAAGCAAGUCUCUUCUUAUUGGUGUCCUUUUAGGAAUGGCUUCUUUGCAGCAAUUUGACCAAGAAGGCCUGAUUCAUCUAGUCUCCUAUGAACAGUUGAUGUUAAGAUGUCUUUUACUUGAACUCUGAAGUGUUUCUUUGGGCUGCAAUCAACUGCCGAUUUCUGAGUCUGGUAACUCAAACUUAUCCCCUGCAGCAGAGGUAACUCUAGGUAUUUCUUUCCUGUGGCAGUCCUCAUGAGAGCCAGUUUCAUCAUAGCGCUUGGUGGUUUUUGCGACUGCACUUGAAGAAACAUUCAAAGUUCUUUUAAGUUUUCCACAUUGACUGACCAUGUCGUAAAGUAAUGAUGGACUGUUGUUUCUCUUUGCUUAUUUGAGCUGUUCUUGCCAUAAUAUGGACUUGGUUUUUUACCAACUAGGGAUAUCUUAUGUAUGCCACCCCUACCUUGUCACAACACACCUGAUUGGCUCAAAUGCAUUAAGAAGGAAAAAUUCCACAAAUUAACUUGUAACGUGGCACUGCUGUUGAAUUUAAAUGCAUUCUAGGUGACUAUCUCAUGAAGCUGGUUGAGACAAUGCCACGAGUGUGUAAAGCUGUCAUCAAGUCAAUGGGUGGCUACUUUGAAGAAACUCAUAUGAAAUAUAUUUUCAUUUGUGUAACACUUUUUUUGGUUACAUGAUUUCAUAGUUUUGAUAUCUUCACUAUUAUUCUACAAUGUAGGAAAUAGUGAAAAUAAAAAAAAACUGGAAUGAGUUGGAGUCCAAACUUUUGACUGGUACUGUAUAUAUAGUGCAUUCGCAAAGAACUCGGACACCUUUCGCUUUUUCCACAUUUUGUUACCUUACAGCAUUAUUAUAAAAUGGAUUAAAUAAAAAAUCCUCAUCAAUCUAUACACAAUACCCUCGAAUGACAGACGAAAACAGGUUUUUAGAAAUUUUUGCUAAUUUAUUAAACAUAUGUAAAUAAGGUACCUGUUUUGUAAGUAUUCAGACCCUUUGCUAUGAAACUCUCAAUUGAGCUCAGACACAUCCUGUUUAUAUUGAUCAUCCUUGUGAUGUUUCUACAACUUGGAGUCCACCUGUGGUAAAUACAAAUCAAGUCCAAUCAAUUGAAAAGGCACAGACCUGUCUAUAUAAGGUCCCACAGUUGACAAUGCAUGUUCAAAAUAAUUGUCAGUAGAGCUCCGAGGCACGAUUGUGUCGAGGCACAGAUCUGGGGAAGUGUGCCAACAAAUGUCUGCAGCAUUGAAGGUCCUCAAGAAUACAGUGGCCUCCAUCAUUCUUAAAUGGAAGAAGUUUGGAAUCACCAAACUGAUAUCAGGGGAGAAGGGCCUUGGUCAGGGAGGUGACCAAGAACACGAUGGUCACUCUGACAGAGCUCCAGAGUUCCUCUGGAGAUUGGAGGACAACCAUCUCUGCAGCACUCCACCAAUCAGGCCUUUAUGGUAGAGUGGCCAGACGGAAACCACUCCUCAGUAAAAGGCACAUGACAGCCUGCUUGAAGUUUGCCAAAAGGCACCUAAAGGACUCUCAGACCAUGAGAAACAUGAUUCUCUGGUCUGAUGAAACCAAGAUUGAACUAUUUGGCCUGAAUGCCAAGAGUUACAUCUGGAGGAAACCUGGCACAAUCCCUACGGUGAAGCAUGGUGGUGGCAGCAUCAUGCUGUGGGGAUGUUUUUCAGCAGCAGGGACUGGGAGACUAGUCAGGAUCGAGGGAAAGAUUAACAGAGCAAAGUACAGAAAGAUUCUUGAUGAAAACCUGCUCCAGAGCGCUCAGACUGGGGAUAAGUUUCACCUUCCAACAGGACAACGACCCUAAGCACAAAGCCAAGACAAUGCGGGAUUGGCUACAGGACAAGUCUCUUCAUGUCAUUGAGUGGCCCAGGGAGAGCCCGGACUUGAUCCCGAUCGAACAUUUCUGGAGAGCUUGAGGUGAUCUGCUGAGAAGAAUGGGAGAAACUCCCCAAAUACAGGUGCCAAGCUUGUAACUUCAUACCCAAGAAGACGCAAUGCUGUAAUCGCUGCCAAAGGUGCUUCAACAAAGUACUGAGUAAAGGGUCUUAUGUAAAUGUGAUAUUUCAUUUUUUUUAUAUAUAUGUGCAAAGAAUUCUUUAAAACCUGUUUUUGAGUUGCCCAUGAUUGUGUGUGUGUGUGUGUGUGUGUGUGUGUGUGUGUGUGUGUGGAUGAGGAAAAAAAACAAUUUAAUUAAUUUUAGAAUAAGGCUGUAACGUAACAAAAUGUGGAUAGUCAAGGGGUAUGAAUACUUUCCGAAUGCUGUGUGUGUGUAAUACACACACACACACACACGUCAUCCACACCACUUGAUAGGCACCUCUAUACAAUACUAUUUAAAUGUUUACACUGGCAGAAAUUACAGUCUGAUCCCUAGGUGCAUUUGUUAAAGUGCAUUUGGCAAUUAUUUGUAUGUUCUGUUCGACCUGCCAGAGUGCCCGUGUAAUGCUAUACUGAUAAUAAAGCCUACACCUUUUUUAGA